CUUAAAGUGAGCGCGCCUCUCCAUGACAUCAGCAGCUUUGUUUACAGCCUGAGCUCUGAGUUAGCAUUAGCAUUAGCCGCCUGCCGGGUUUACUGCACAUCAUACAGGGUGUGUUAUUUCAUAGUGUGGUUAAUAUUCUGAAUCAGAAACAUGUCGGUAAAUGGACCUGGACCCGGAGAAGACUCCACAGACGCAAAGCGUGUCGAUGGACAACAGUCGGAGUCGUCUUUGUCUGCAUCUGCCGCUAUGGAUGUGGACGCCAAGCCCAGUGCUCAAAGCUUCAGAUACAGUCUGAACUUCCCAUGCAUCGGCCAGUGCAUCAUCAUCAAUAACAAGAACUUCGAAAGGACAACAGGCAUGAAUCAACGGAACGGUACAGAUGUAGAUGCAGCCCAUGCGAUGAAAGUGUUCGGAAAGUUGGGUUACAAAACGAAGGUUUACAACGACCAGUCAGUGGAUCAGAUGGUACAGGUUUUAACUUCUGCGUCAAACGAAGACCACAGCUCUUACGCCUCAUUCGUCUGCGUCCUGCUGAGUCACGGAGACGAGGGCGUGUUCUUUGGUACGGAUGGGUCAGUGGAGCUCAAGUUUCUGACAUCACUUUUCCGAGGCGAUCGCUGUAAAUCACUGGUCGGAAAACCCAAACUCUUCUUCGUCCAGGCCUGCAGAGGCACUGAGCUUGAUGCAGGCAUUGAAGCAGACAGCGGAGAGGAUGGCACUACCAGGAUCCCUGUGGAAGCUGACUUCCUGUAUGCCUUCUCCACAGCACCAGGCUACUACUCAUGGAGGAACACCUCGACCGGGUCCUGGUUCAUGCAGUCCCUUUGUGAAAUGAUCAGCAAAUAUGGAAAAGAAUUGGAGCUCCAGCACAUCCUGACCCGAGUGAACCACAAGGUGGCAGUAGAGUUUGAGUCUGUCUCCUAUUCACCAGGCUUCAAUGCAAAGAAACAAAUCCCAUGCAUAGUGUCAAUGCUGACCAAAGAGAUGUAUUUUUUUCCUUGAUGUCUCUACAUCUCCAGCCUUAAUCUGCAGAAGAAAAAGCUCAAGGUUGUGUUUGUCAAUUAUUUUAGUUUAAACUGUAUGAAUGAAGAUCAGCUUACCUGUUUUUAGGAGAGUAGAUGCAGAGUCACAUUUAUUACGAUUGGCAUUAUAAAGUUAAUUCAGGUUUUAGGCAUUAAAAAAUGUAUGACUCUCGUUUUGAAAAAAUGUAAACUCAAAGGUGUUUUUUUUUAAACAAUGUUAAUGUAAGUUGAAAAACAUAAAAGAACAUUGUACAAUUAGAAAUCUAAAGAUAAAAUGUAAUUGAUCAUGUAAUUCCAAGCUCACAGCUUUCUACCAGUGGAUGCCUCUUAGCUGUUUACACUAUACACAUUUCAGGGAAACCUAUUGGGAGCCAUUUUGAUAGGGAGUUUGACCUUCUGUGUGUUUGAUCAUGAAACUGUGGAAAAGGCUUACUACCCUCAAGCAUCAACCUUGUUAUGAGUCAGCAGAUUUUUUAACUUUGAAAGGGAUUGAGUGUAAUUUACAAGCCCGUUUCUUCUUUUCUUUACAUCCUUGUUGUCUUUUUUUCAUUCUCAAAUCACUAUGGUGACAUCUGACAUUAAGGUUGAAGAAUAAUUGGAUGAACAAUAACCUGAUAAAUUGGAUGAAGCCUAAAUGAAUGCUGCACUUGUGUUGCAAAUUCAGGAAGCUCUACUAUGCUAUUAUGUGUAAGGUUGGUUUUAAAGCUCAGAAUUAUAUUUUCAAUGUUGUGGUUUUUUGUUUUCUUUACAUGAAUUUCUUUGAAAUAACUGUUGCAGUGAGUGUGUUCUUUACAUUAGCCAGUGCCAGGCUUCAUAUAGCAUGCAUGAGUAAAGCCAGCCCACACACAAGAUGCUUUCAUUUGAGGCACAUUUUAAAACUUGAACACAAGUUCUCAUUUUCUUGAUAGACAGUAGGUAAUGUAUUUCUUUUUUUUAAGAUAUGGCAAAUAGGACGCCUUUCCGCAUUGCUUCAACAGUUACAUGCAUUCACUUCUUAAACAAUCAUUUCCAAUGGACUGUUGUUGAACUGUGAAUCAAACAAUCAAACUUUAUGUGUAAACCGAACCACCAGCAUUUAGUGAUUUAUAAAAGAAGAAACAAACAAUUUGAUUGUGUACUAAUCCAGGUGCUGCUCAUUCAUGAGUACAUUUUCUAAUAUUUACAGCAAAAUAGCUGAAAUCACUUUGCUGUUAAAAUACUUCAGUCGUUGGACAAUCCCGUUUUUAAGUCCUGUCAAUGUAAUACACUUGUUGCUAGGAAUGUAACUUUUGGUUUAUUCAUAUUCCAUCACUAUUAUGUAAGCAGUUAUACUGUGAGAUUGGUGUUGUGUUUCCAUAAAAAAUAAAAACAAGUUUCCAUUA